AUGCGGGCCCCGCGCACGGAGUGGGGGCGCCGCUGGCUGGGGACGCUGCUGGCCGCCUGCCUGGCCACCCUGCCGGCCGCCAGCGCCUGCCCCCGGCCCUGCGCCUGCCGCGGCUCCGCCGAGCUCCACUGCACCUUCCGCUACCUGAGCGCCGUGCCCCCGCGCAUCCCGCCCGACGCGCAGCGCAUCAACCUGGGGAAUGACUCACUUUCCUCUUGGCAAGGGCAGGGCUGCUUACCUUCAGCCGUUCCCAAAGAGUGGUGCUUUUGUUUUGGGUUGGUUGGAUUUAAAAGCUGUGAGCUGACUAAACCCAUCCCAUACAGCUACAACAGCCUGAGAAAACUCAGCGCCGCGGACUUUGCUGGCCUGGAGAAGCUGGAGCUGCUGAUGCUGCACAGCAAUGAGAUCAGCACUGUCCCUGAGAAGGCGUUCAGAGAUUUACGCUCGCUGCAGGUCUUAAAAAUGAGUUACAACAAGGUCAGAGUGCUUCAGCAGGAUGUAUUUUAUGGCCUGAACAGCUUGGUACGGCUGCAUAUGGACCACAAUCAAAUCGAAUUUGUGAAUCCCAAUGUUUUCUACGGACUCACCUCCUUGAGGCUGGUGCACCUGGAUGGAAAUUUCCUUCAGCAGCUGCACCCAGACACUUUUGUGACCUUGCGCUAUAGCCAAAUAUUCAGAAUAUCCUUCCUGAAGCACAUCUCUCUGUCUGACAAUGCGCUGACUUCACUUCCCCAAGAGAUGUUUUCCUACAUGUCAGAGCUUGAGAGCAUUUACCUCCAUGGAAACCCCUGGUCCUGCGACUGCAGCCUGCAGGGGCUGGCAGGGUGGGCACAGGAGAGACCAGAUAUUAUAAAGUGCAGAAAAGAGAGAAGUUCUGGUGUCCAGCAAUGCCCGGUCUGUGCUAGUCCCAAAACUCACAAUGGGAAAAGUUUAGCGGAUCUCCCUUCUGCAUCUUUCACCUGCACGAAGCCAGUCAUUGAUGACUCCCUGAAAUCCAGAAACCUCUCGGUGCCAGACGAUGGGGAUUUCAGUUUUGUGAGUCCCAAGGACUUGAUGGCUCCCAUAGGAUCUGUGGUUUUGAAUAUUACUGACCAGGCAGGAAAUCGAGGCAACUUGGUUUGCGAUGUCCAGAGACCUAAAGAAAUGUCUCCCAUCUCGUUUGACCAAAGUGGCCCCAGCAGAGUGCUCCAAGCCUCGUUCUCAGCAUUCCUGGUGUGUGGCAUCGAUUAUGGGCACAUCCAGCAGCUGUGGAGCAUCCUGGCCCUGUACAGCAGCUCCCCUUUGAAACUGGAGCAAACCGUGGGGACAGCUGAGGAGCCUUCUGCCAGCCACAAAUACAGGCAGGCGUACAGCGAGAAGGAUGAGCUGUUCACCAGGGUGGAGGCCGAGCUGCGGGCCGAGCCGGCGUGGCUGCUGCAGAGGCAGGUGUCGCUGCAGCUGGACAGGACAGCCACCACGCUCAGCUCGCUGCACCUGCGCUACGCCACCCGCGCCCGGGCGGCCCUGCCCGGCCAGGACAGCGAGCGGGGCAGCCACGGCUGGGCCCUCAUUGCCAGGGACAACGGCACCCAGACGGAGCACACGGUGCUGGUGGGGGGCUCGGUGGAGCUGGGCUGCCAGGCGGCCGGGCAGCCAGCCCCUGCCGUGGGGUGGAUACUGGCUGAUGGCAGCAGGGUGCGAGCCCCCCACAUCAGCGAGGAUGGCAGGAUCCUGGUCCUCAAGAGCGGGCUGCUGACGCUGAGGACAGCCGACGUGUUCGACUCGGGGCUCUACCACUGCAUCAGCACCAACCACGGGGACGCUGACGUGCUCACAUUCCGGAUUACGGUGCUGGAUCCCCACGUGGGACACGGCGGCGUCAACGGAGCCCAGCUGCCCGCUGCUCUCGGCAGCACGCUGCUCCUGCCCUGCACGGCCACGGCUGCCCCGGACCCUGCCGUCACCUGGGUGCUCCCUGAGCACACAAUCCUCCGCCAGUCUGCUGGGAACAAACACAUUUUUGCCAAUGGCACCUUGAGAAUACAAGGGGUGACGCAGCGAGACCUGGGCUACUUCCGAUGCGUGGCGGCCAACCGGUUCGGGGUCGAUCUUUUGGUUUUCCAAGUGCUGGCGAGACAGGAUGAAACCGCUCUGAAGAAAAGGCAUGGAGCUGUGGGAGAGUGGGAAGAGGGCUCUGGCAAUGAGCUGCUGCACCCUUCUGCAGCACAGAGACGCCCCUCAGGCACUGCAGGCUCCCCGAGGGCUCUCGGGGAACCUGCGGCACCAGCGGCCGGCAGCCAGGGCACACAGCCCAGGAACAGCCACGGGAACCUGCCCCACCGGCCCCACACUGACAGGACGGGCCGGCGCUUCAGGGCACGCAGGAGACAGUUUGUUCCCUCGGGCAGGAGAGCUGAUCCGCAGCGCUGGGCAGCCCUGCUGCAGAAAACAAAGAGGAACUCGACAGUGGCAGACAAACGAGGAGAAGCUGCAACAGAACCACCCAUUCAAGCCCAUAGGCUCUCAGAGGUACCCGGGGAUGAGGAGGAGGCAUCUGGUGAUCUCGUAUCUCCAGAAGAAGAAUUCAUGAUACCAGCAACAGAGAGAUCCCCAGUGCCUGCUCUGGGCAGAGCAACAGAGCUCACCAUCACUGCAGGGCCCAAGGGGACUGAGAAUCCCCCUCCUGCCUGGAGCACCUCUGUUCUGCUCUCAGAGCCAAUAACUCCCCUACCCUCACCUCCUCCUCACCCUGGGGCACCUGCCAGCAAAAGGCUGCAAACACUUCCCAAACCUGCAGACUCACGGGAAAGAUCCUAUUUGAGUCAAAUAUCAGCAAAUGGUGUAAAACAGCCAACUGUACCAAGUGGGACAGCCAUACUCUUCCCUGCUGGGCAAAAGUCAAUAUAUUCUGGGGAAAGUAAUAACCAGCACCUAAAGUCUGCAUCCAUGACAGAAGCUACAGGCACCAGCAAGGCUGUAACUCCCCAAAACACAGCACACAAGUUACAUAUUUUUACUGAGUCUACUGAUAAUGUCCCCACCAGAACAGAUCACCAGGUCCCUGUGGCGACAGUCAAUGCACCAAGCUCUGAAUUUGGCCCCAUUUAUUUUGACAGUACUCAGAAAGGAGGAGCCCCUAAUCCACCUGCCUCGACUUCCACUGCUCAUCAGCAAAUUCAGGUUAUCCAGGGCGGUCCAACCCAUCCAGCCCCGCUCCAGCAGCACCAUGGAAGGCGAAGGAAAAUUUCUGGUCAGAGACGAAUUGUCAGACCAGGACGUGUCCCAGGCAUGAAGGAGCCCCGGUAUAAUUUUGGGAGGCCAGGGUCUGCCAGAGGAAGUACAGCUGUGGCUACAGGUGUCCAGCUUAAUAUGAACUAUAUAUCAACUGUACCAACCUUGAAUAACUCCAGCAGUUCCAUCAUCAAUCCAUUUAGCCCAGACACACCCCAGUCCUCCCCCUCCACCAUGAAAAUGCCAUUGGAGCACCCCAUGGGUACCCAUCAAAACACAGCAUUCCUCAAGGAGGAGGAAAAGAAACAUGGUGCAAGGCAAAAAGCUGCUGCCACAGUCGUGUCUGUCACUGCAGAGGACACUGCCCCUACUGCAGCCAGUGGAUUGGGUGCGACGGGUUUGAAGCCAACAGUCACACUUGUUCUUACUCCUCAAACCAACACCAGAGCUGCCAAAACUAAAAUGCUCAGAGUGGGAGGAAGGAGAGGUCAGAGGAGGAAGAGGCCUCCUAAAACACCUGCCCCACAGCGUGUGGCUGCAGCCCAGAGCACUGCAGUGAGCAAGGCAGCCACCCCUGCAGCCCAGAGCACUGCAGGCACCCCUGCAGCGAGCACAGUCACCUCUGCAGCCCAGAGCACUGCAGCCACCCCUGCAGCGAGCACAGCAACUCCUGCAGCCACCCCUGUAGCCAUCCCCACGGUGACAGCUCCUGCAUCACCAGCCGUGCCUCCAAGCCUCGCAGCUGCAAACCCUGUCCCUGGGAGCAGCAGUGCAGUCCCCAGGACCGAAGCAGCAGCACUGGGGGUCCCUGAGAGCCCCGAGACCCCUCAGCACAGGCCCACAGCAGCCACACAGACAGCAGCAGCCCCGGGCACCUGGAGGGGCACCCCGUCAGCAGUGGCACUGCCCCUGCCCGGCACUGUGACUGCUCAGAACCCCCCCAUGGCACCCCAAACCCCACCAGGCUCGCACAGGAACGCCCAGCUGGCCACGGCACCUGCUGCCAGUCCUGCCCAGACCCCCACCAUGGGUGCCCAAACCUCACCGUGGCUGGACGAGCCCCCUGGUUCCACCAGGGCCACGCCAGGGCCAGGGCCUGCCCAGCGCAGCAGGGGCACCGAGAGGGGGAACGCGCUGCAGGCACCACAGAUGCCAUCUCCACAGGGUCGGGACAGGGACAGCUCCGUCAGUGCCUCGUCUGACAGGCGACAGAAGCAAGACAACACCACCCUGCCCAGCCCCAUCACCGCAGGCUCUGCAAGCAAAAACCACUUCUCAAAGCCCAGAAUAGUCGGAGGGAAGGUGGCUGCUUUCACUGUGCUGGCGGAUUCCGAUGCUUUCAUUCCUUGUGAAGCUACUGGGAACCCUCCUCCAACGAUACAGUGGACCAAGAUAUUAGCAGGGCGCGAUGCCGCGGCCGCCGGCGGUGCCAGCCGCUGGUCGGUGCUGCCCAACGGGACGCUGUCCAUCGCCCGGGCGGCGCCGCAGGACGGCGGGCAGUACGAGUGCACGGCGGCCAACGCGCUGGGCUCGGCGCGGCUGCGGGCCACGCUGGCCGUGCUGGCGCUGCCGCCGCGCAUCGCCGCCGCCCGCCCGCCCACCGCGCUCUCGGGGGGCUCGGCGGCGCUGCCGUGCCGGGCCCGGGGCAGCCCCCCGCCCCGCAUCUCCUGGCUGCUGCCCGACGGCUCCGAGCUGCGGCCGGGCGGCGCGGGCCGCGGCAGGGCGGAGGUGCGGCCGGACGGCACGCUGCUGCUGCGGGCGCUCACCGUGUUGGACCGCGGCACCUACACCUGCCGCGCCCGCAACGCCGCGGGCUCCGACGCGCUGCCGCUGCGGCUGCAGGUGGUGGCGGCGCCGCCCGCCAUCCUGGAGCAGCGCAGGCAGAGCGUGGCGGCGGCGGCGGGGCAGAGCCUGCGCCUGCCCUGCACGGCGCGGGGCCGGCCCCAGCCCAGCGUGCACUGGGUGCUGCCCGGCGGCGCCGAGCUCCGAGCGCGGCAGGCGCUGCGCGCCGGGCCCGCCCUGCUGCCCGACGGCACCCUGCUCCUGGGCAGCGCCAGCCCCGCCGACAGCGGCACCUACGAGUGCAUCGCCACCAGCUCCACGGGCUCCGACAGGCGGGUGGUCAGCCUCACGGUGCAGCGCACAGACGCGCCUCCCAAAAUUGCCAGCGCCUCCCGGGAACUGACGCGGCUCAGCUUUGGGGACAGGCUGCUUCUGAACUGUACAGCAGGUGGGGAGCCCAAGCCCAGGAUAAUCUGGAGGUUGCCCUCCAAGGCUCUUGUGGACCAGUGGCACAGGUGA